AUGGCAGUUAAAAGGUUGAUCAAUGAUAAAGACAUGGAAUUAUGGAAGGCGUCUCAAACCUUCCAAGAUUUGAUAGGGUUCAUAACUACUUUAGCAACAAGUGUAGAAGGGAGAGAGAAUGGAGACUACGUACAGCCUAUUAGUGAUCAUGUCCAGAAGCUUAUAAAAUUGUUGGAUAGUGUUAUUGAUAUUAUUGCAAAGCAUGAGGUAAUUAAGGAUGCUAAUACUUCAAGAUUUGGUAAGAUCGAAUUUAGGGAUUUUUAUGAUGAACUUGCAGAAAAUGUGUCUGACAUGGUAGUAAAGACACUUGAACUUGGUUCGGAUACAGUGAAGAGUGAACAAUUAAGUGAUCUAUGUACAUAUUUGACUGAAUCAUGGGGUGACAGGACACGGAUUGACUAUGGGUCUGGACAUGAAUUGAACUUUAUAUGCUUUUUGUACUGUCUGUUUGAACUAAAAGUGCUAGAACUGGACAAAGACAGCACAAACGCAGUAUUAGUCAUCUUCAUCAAAUAUCUAGAUAUUAUGAGAAAAUUGGAGACAAAGUACUGGUUAGAGCCAGCUGGUUCUCAUGGUGUGUGGGGUCUUGACGAUUACCAUUUUCUACCCUUUUUAUUCGGAGCAUUUCAAUUGUCUACUCAUAAGCAUUUGAAACCAAAAUCUAUUCAUAAUCCAGAAGUCGUGGAAAUGUUCCAGGAUAGGUAUCUAUAUUUUGGAUGUAUUGCCUUUAUUAAUAAAGUGAAAACUACGGCAUCAUUGCGGUGGCACUCCCCAAUGUUGGAUGACAUUAGCGGAGUGAAAAAAUGGUCUAAAGUUGCAGAAGGAAUGGUGAAAAUGUACAAGGUAGAAGUGUUAUCGAAGUUACCAAUUAUGCAACAUUUCUAUUUUGGGGUGUUCUUGCCAUGCCCAGAUGGCGUAACAGAGUAUUCUACAGAGAGACAGCAUGAAAUUGAAGAAUCGUCAUGUUGUUCUGAUGGCUCAUCUCAUCCUCAUAGCACAUGGGCUGACUGUUGUGGCAUUGCUGUGCCUAGUGCCAUUGCUGCCUCUGAAAUGUCACACAGACAACAUGAGAAACGGAUUCCAUUUGAUUAA